AUGGCAAGGGUGGUGGUGGCGCGGACCGUCACCCUCGUCUCCCGUUCGCCGUGGGGGCGCCGGCCGCUGGUGAUGGCCUCUCCAGUGCUUCUCUCCCCCCCUGGAUUCGUCGACCGGGAGUUCCACGCUGCUGCACUGAGGUGGAGGCUCAAUGGGGCGGCGCCGGGGUCAAUCUCUCCGGUUCGCGGGUUUGUGGCGUCGCUGAGGCAGUCAAGGAAGUCGAGGCGCAGCAGGCCUGGGGGGAGGAAGCAGGCGGCGCUCAGGGAGAAGGAGCUGGAGCUCGUCGUCAAUGUCUGCAUCGAGGAGGAGCUUCCAGAUGACCCCGAAGUUCUUGUAAUUUCAUCUACUUCUUAUCAUUUCUUUCUGUUUUUCUUUAAUGUGCGCUUUUACAUUUUUUUUUCUUAAACUAUAUCAUUACGCAGAGUCGGGUGCUUACCGUCACAUUAGGAAGACGAAGCCGUGUUGAUUUAAUUCAACUGCUGUUUGGUCAUCAAAAUCAAGGAUUCUGUUAUAAAUCGAGUGUUCCUCCAAAUGCCUUGGAGAAAAGCUGCCCUGCGCAGUUUGCCUGUGAUGAAUGCAAACGACGAGUUUUUGCGUGUUCCAUGGUAUCCAAUCAUUAAGCUUAGAGACGAAACGAAAGUUACAACUGCAAAAAUCAAAUGUCUGAUAGGAAAGCCAACGUUAUACUUGCUAGCUUCAUGCAGACAGUACUCUGAAAAUAAACCAAUCAGAAAAUUACGGGUGAAAAUGUCGAAACUAGUAUGAGAAUGGAUCACGAUGAUCUCUGUCUGGAGACGCCUUAGCAAAUUUAGUUCUCCAUCCCUGUGCCAAACUGAUAUUUAAUGAUUCUGUCCGAUGGUAUUGACUUCUACUCCAGGACAUGCUAGAAACUUAGAGUGCAGUCUUGGAGGGUUGGUUUGGUUUGGUCCAUUUUCCUUGUGGGGUCAUCUGAAAUGAAAAAGUUUCCAUCUAAAACCAAUGGAUCUGAAAAUGGUCCUAUCAUAAACAGUUCCAUUUCAAAGGCGUAUAGGUCCGAAUGUAUUUGUCUUGGUAUAUCCAAGUUCGCAUGCUGCAAUCUAUGUAUCCUUCCGUUGAAUAAUCAUAAGCUCUAGAGUAAAGAAGUUACAAAUUUGCAUUCAAAUCAAUCUCAUGGGCUCUACAGUUGCUUCAGUCUGAGUCCGAAUAAACUGAUUGAACGUCGUCCCCAAGUUUACCGAAAUUGAACUAACUUGGGUUAACUCGUUGAACCAUGUAUAGGUUAGCAUAUGGAACUGCGUUUGGUGCAAGCCAACAUUCGAUUCUCCUUAUUUGCUGUAAAAUAGCACCUUUAUUAAAUGCAAACGUACGUUUUGUUCCUUGGUUUGAGGGAGGAUAUAUCCUACGAAGUGCAUUUUUUGUUCUCCUCUUUUAAUUCGCGGUGAUUGUCUGUUACUGAAAUCGGAGGAGUAUAGAGUGUAAAGCUAGCAAAGUUGGAUCUGUCUUCAUUGGUUGAAAGCAAAUUAUCUUAAUUGCGUCCACAAUGCAGGGAAGACCUAUUAGGAAAGACCAAGUUGUACAGUUACUGAAAAUCUGAGGCUUUUUAUGACUCGAAUUAAUCCUGGGAUUAGUCCCCAAUUGUUUCAUUGUUGGUUGCCAGGCCAUACGAAAACUGAACACAUCAUGGAUCAACGAAUUCCGCUAGGAAAUAGCAAUGCUUUUUGAGAUGAGCCACAAAUCAAUUGGAGGUGAAAAAUAACGAACUGGUGUAGUGUACUCAAUUACUUAUGCAAAAAUGCUUAUCGAAUAUGUCUGGAAUAGUAUUUAAAAGCAUAUCUUUGGCCUUUAGAACAUAAAAAUUAAUUUCAUUCCUUAAAAUGAGAUUAUUUCCAAAAUUUCUCUAAAUUUUUAAGUCGUUUCAGCCCCUAAUUUUUUUUGAGAGUUUCAACCCUAUUACUAUUAGACCUGUGGACUGAUCGUUGACUUUUAUUAUGCCCAUUGCUAUGGGAAACAACACUGUAAACGGAUGGCAAGCAAUAUUAGGUCCGGUUAUAAUCUUUAGUUAUCUCACCCACCUACCACAAAGGGCGAUAUUUUGUUGGAAAUUGGAAAUAUUGGCAUCGAUGCGAAAUGUUGCCUUUUUGGGUUUUUGCAUGAAUGCUUAUUUUAAAAAUGAUUUAACUUCCAGUUACCUUUCUUUUGGGUCUUGACUACUUGAGAACCAAGUUUAGACUCGUUGCAACAGUUGAUCCUUAGGCCACCUCUUUUUAAAAUGAAUAGGGCAGAUGCAGAUUGUACGCACUCCGUCUUUACCCAACUUUCCAGAAGUUAAAUGCUCUUUCUCACGAAAGAGCAAAAUUGAGGAAGAAAGAAAACUUUUAUUCUUUUGAAAUUUGUGUAUGUCUACAUUUUCUAGAGACUUAUGUGUUCCUCUUCUCUUUAAUCAUGCAGAGUAUUGCAGAAAUGCUAAGGCUUAAUGUUGCCAUGGCAAUGAAGGUUGCAUUUGGACUCCUUGAUUCGGACUAUAAAACGCGGGAUACUUCCAUUGACGAUCUUGGAAGGUUUGAGAAGAUUGAAGCGUCAGUAUUACUAUGCAAUGAUGAUUUCAUCCAGAAACUGAACAAGGAAUGGAGAGAUGAGGACAAAGCUACUGAUGUGCUCUCAAUGUCACAGCACAUUCCUGAACUUGAUCUCCCCAUUGUAAGUCUCUGGCUAGAGUCAUUGUUGCUUGGCAUGGUCGUGUUUGUUAUCUUUUUCUUUCUGUUGUUAUAAAGUCAUUCACAUUCAUUUUUUUGACAUCUUUAUAAUUUACUAUUUUCACAGUUAAUGCUAGGUGAUUUAGUCAUUUCGGUUGAGACUGCUGCAAGGCAAGCUGAAGAAAGAGGCCAUACACUUCUUGAUGAAAUACGUAUUCUUGUGGUUUGUCCAGAAAUAUUUACUUUUACUUUUUUUCAUCAGAGUAGAUAAACGCAAUUCAAUAUAUAACUCUAGAAAUAACCUUAUAUUUAUGUGGUGUGUUAUCCUUUUAUUUCUUGGGUUUUCUUGUUCACUUGCGGGACCUUAAUAGUCACUAUACCUUUAAUUGUAGCCUGUUAGCUCCCACUUCCAUUUUAUUUCUACAUUUAAGUUACUUUACCUCUUGUAUUGUUGUAACAUCAAUAUCCGAAGCUGCGAUUGAUGCAAGAGCAUCAACUUACCUCCAUCCUCUAGAAAGAAAAGUACAAUAAAGGAAAGCCAAAACGUCCAAUUACAUUCAUUGUUGAUGUCUAAAUCUUCAUAUGUCAUGGUCAUAACAAUCAUCAACCUCACAUUGUCACGCCAGGUUCAUUUUAAUGUCAAAUGGUUAUCAGUGUUGUUUCUUUUUCUAGUGUACCAGGUUCCAUGAUUAACUGAUAGAAGUGUACCAGAAAUAUUACUUGGUUGCUAGAAUAAAAUAUAAUUUAAUUGUUUAGGUUCAUGGUCUGUUGCACCUUUUGGGAUUUGAUCAUGAAAUCAGUGACGAGGCUGAAAAAGAAAUGGAGAAGGAGGAGGAGCUUAUUUUGAAGAAUCUUGGAUGGAGAGGAAAAGGACUAAUUAAGAGUGCUAGUGACGGCCUUACUGAUGAAUUCCCUAAGGUUGAGAGUCCGAACGGUAAAUUCUGGGUGAAUUCUUUCUUAUUUUUUCCCGCGGAUUAUUCAAUAUUUUAUCUUUUUAUGUCAUCCCUUGACCAUGUUUGCGUAAAGUUCAUAGAAGAAUUUUCAGUUAGACUUUAUUUUCAGAUGUACUUGUUGAGAAUAUGAAGAAGAAUGGCAGUCUGCGACCCUCCAAGCCAAAAUUCCGCUAUAUUUUUUGUGAUAUGGAUGGUGAGCUGUUGUAUUUUUCAUAAAACCUUUAGAUUUUAUGUCACGUCGCUUACCUGCUAGUAAAAUUUGACUUUGUACAAGGUACCCUUCUCAAUAGUAAGAGUCAGAUCUCCUCAAGUAAUGUAGAAGCUCUGAAAGAAGCAUCGUCAAGGGGGGUGAACAUAAUCAUUGCGACUGGUAAGGUGAGUUUGAUGUCUCCUUCACUCAGUCAUUUUCUAUUUUUCGCGUGCUUGGUGAGAUCCAGAAUCACUAUAAAACUCACUUCCUUAAAUUUAUGCAUUCGACACCAGCAUGAUGUUAAGAACCAUUUCAUCAUAAUCAAGUUCAGUAAAACUGCUAAAGGGAUCCUUCUGUGUGUGCAGACACGUCCAGCCGUCAUAAAUGUUUUGAAGAAGGUUAAUUUAGCUGGAAAUAAUGGGAUCAGUUCGGAGUCCACUCCUGGCAUCUUCUUGCAGGUUUUUCUCGUCUGCCUUUGUGUUGUAAUUGAUAUAACCUUUAGACGAGACAUUCACCUUGCAUUUGAUAGUGGAAGAUUUUUGUUGACUCUUGAUUUACUCGUGCUUAUUGGUUUAGUUUUGAGCCUUCUAGCUUAUUCAAUGGUCAUUAGUUUUAUUUUCGUCCGUUGACAUUUCUUCACUUGUAAUUGUGAUGCUUUAGUGAAGCUAUUCCUAUAAUGCAUGCAUUUUCGGUUUGGACAGCUUAAUUCAUGCUUCAUGUGCUAUGAAAAUGCUGAUGAUGAACUGAAGAUUUGACAUGAUUGUUAUUCAUCUAAAAUAUUUUGUUUCUCAUCUGGGAAAGUGAGUGGUACGGGAUUAAACCCCUGAAAGAUUUCUUUGAGGGCUUUCACCAUUAAACUGAGAGCAUGGGUGUGAAAUUGACAUUCAUAAGGGUGAAUUUGCUUUAGUGGGAAACAACAAGCAGGAAAUCUUGAACUAAAAAAGAUUGACUAAGCCAUGGUCCUCAAGAUCAGCAGGAAAUGAGUGAUGGAUUUCUUGUCUCUUGUCCAUCCAUUGCCUGUUAGAUGACAUUCGAAAGGUGACAAUCUAAGAACAUUACCAACGUGUUCUCAUUGGUGAUUAUACACCUCGGUGACCUUACCAUUCCAUUUGUAUAAUUUGAAUUGCUGCUGCAGCUCUCGUAGAUCAUGAAUUGGGCGCCACUACAGUUCUCAUGGAUACCUGACUCUGCCUGUGGGACCCCAUUAACAAAGUUCUUGAGCUCAGUAGUUCUGUUGAGUGAAUAGAUAUCUUCCACACUGCUAAUGGACCUCUCACUAAUGACCGCCCUAUGGACAGGGAACUGUUUCCUCAGCAAGACCCCCUUAGUACAGCUUAAUAGCCUGUUGUGUAUGGACCCAUUUAACUCAUCAGAUGUGUUGUUGAAUCCCUGCAAUCUUCCUAGAUACCCAGGUCAGCCAGUGGGACACCAUUGACCUACUUGGGCGUUAUAGUCAUUAUCGCUUUCUUUGAGUAAUGACCUAGCAAUACGCAGAACAGCAGUCCUCACAGGUCAAAAUUGGCCAUUUAUUAACGCCUGUAAACUAAAUGGUUUUCGAAUCUUGGGAAGAAAUGGACACAUAUUGUGCGACUGGAUACAGAUAAAACGUUUCUCGUAUUGCAUUUAUAGCCAAUGAGCAAUUAUUCAGUUUAAUGAUUGAGCUCAUUAUUUACCAGAAAUCUAAAUGAGUGUGAAACGGAAGAACUCCUUAUAUUUCAGAUCUUUGAAAUGCAGAUUUAGUCUGUGAGCUCACUGAGGAAAAAAAAGUAAUAGUUGAUGGUGAAUGGUAGUUUCUUGGUAUAGUGAAGUAGACAAAAAUUGUGAAAGGAAUACUUAUGGAGAUGGAGAUCCUUGGCUGGAUUUGGGAUUUUGCUGAUGAAGAAAGAAAUCUUCUAUCAUGCUAGGGUUAUGCCUCUGCUAUUUUAAAGGGAUAAGAUCCUUUUCAGACAACCUUUGAGUAUUCAAAAUUGUUCAGGCAGAUCAGUCUCUUUAGGUGAAGAUCAAGCUUGUGGUUUUGUUUUGGGUUUCUUUGGAGUUCUUUUGUCCCAGAAAUUUUGAAACCAGACAUGGACUUCAAUAUAAUCAAAGUAUUUAUGAUAUAGCAUUGUGUUCCAUUAACAGCCGUAAAUGAGUUAGCAUUACUAAUUCUGUGUUUUCUUUCUCUAGAUGCUCUUUUCAAAUUUCGUGCACUGUUUUUUCCGUUUUUACAUUUGAAAAUGUUGGUUAUUGAUGUCGUAUUUUGAAUUUCAGGGCCUUCUUAUUUACGGUAGACAAGGUCGAGAGAUAAGUAGAAGAAACUUAGAUGACAAUGUUUGCCGAGAGGUAAACUAACCUUCACCCUUCGUCUUGAAAUGCUUACCUAGAGGUUUAACAUGCUAUCCAGAUAUCUGCCUUCAUUGAAUGUUUGGAGAAUUUCCCUCUUCCGUUCCCUUUUUGUCACUUUCUUGGCAUUGAGGUUGGGGAUGGGUUGGAUUCUUGUAAUACAUACAAUUUUUAGAAAUGCCCCCCAAUUUAGUCCAUCUUUUUGUAACGCGGAUUCUCUUCCUUUGGUUAACCAAGAAAGAGAGUCCAUGACAGUUUUAGUCAUCACUUUGAUUGGCUGCGUUUGCAGAGUACAUAAAUGAUUCUUUUGUUUAUUCGCAUUAAACAGAUAAAUGGGAUGACCAGAUUAUUUUUAUCUUCAACAUUGUCUGCAGGCCUUUCUAUAUUCCUUGGAGCGUAAGAUUCCACUGGUUGCUUUUAGUCAGGAUCGAUGUUUUACACCAUUCAAUGAUCCUCUAGUUGACUCACUGCAUUCCGUAUAUCACGAACCAAGGGUACUUCUGAAAUAUGAUUUCCAUAUCAUAUUUUUCUUUUUUUUCUUUGAAUGGUUUAAUCUCUCAGCCCAUUAAAAUAUCUGAUUAAUUGUGCAGGCGGAAGUGGUAACUUCCAUUGAUCAUCUUCUAUCAAUUGCCGAGAUACAGGUUUGAGCGCACAUUUUUCUAGUCCGAUUGUUGUGGAAAUCAGUUAAUCAGUUCAUCUAAUCUGGAAGCAAUUGCGACCGCUGGGGUGACGCCAUGCUAUUUUUGUGAUGAGAUCCAAAGUAGUUCUUUGUGUAACAAUAAAACCCUGUAUUUUCAGAAACUGCUGUUUUUUGACACACCCGAAGGGAUCUCAAAUAUUUUGCGGCCACACUGGUCAGAAGCCACAAGAGGGCGGGCAGGUGUUGUCCAGGCGCAGGAAGAUAUGCUCGAGAUCGUCCCUCCACAAACUUCAAAAGGGACUGGUGUGAAAAUGUUGCUGGAUCAUCUUAACAUCAAUGCCGAGGAGGUAUAAUCACCCACCAAUUUUCUGAUAUCUUUCGAAUUCAAAUAACAUUUAUUUUCAUUUAUGAACUGAUUAACGAUAUUCUUUACACGGGUAGCCCCUAUGCGAUGCGAUGAAUCUUAUGGCAUUCAUCCUUUUAGGCUUGGGCUUUCUUCCUGUUUGUUCUUCUGGGGUAGCUGCCGCUUUUUUUUUUUUUUUUUUUUUUUUUUUCCCCUUGAUAAUUCAUGGAUGCAUGGUUUGCCUUUUUUUCCCUGAGCAGAUCAUGGCCAUCGGCGACGGAGAGAACGAUGUUGAGAUGCUUCAGCUGGCUUCAUUCAGUGUCGCCCUCGAGAAUGGAUCCGAGAAGGCCAAGUCCGUGGCGAAUGUGAUCGGAUCCAGCAACGAUAAAGAUGGAGUGGCGCAAGCCAUAUACAAGUAUGUCUUCUGA